AUGCCGUCAGCCACAGCAACAACAGUCGCACCCUCGCCAAUCCUGGCCUCGCCCAUCAAGAAGAAGACCAUGAGCCUCACCCAGACAUACUACCUCGCCCACAAGGCACGGGCAAAGCUGUCCCACGAGGCUGCCAUGCCCGACCACAACCUCCGCCUGCUCGUCGGCCACGCCAACCUGCUCGACAGCCUGAUGCUUGAGCUCGCCGACGCCGAGAGGGAACAGGAGUCCUGGUUCAACCAGUCCGUCAGGAACGCAUCGCACCAACCAGAAAAGAAGGCCGAGAGCAACAAGCACAUCCAAUGGGCCGACACCAUCGUCGAGGACGACGACUACUCGGACUCGGACUCGGACGACAGCGACAUGGAGGACGACGAGGACGUCGAGAUGGCCGAUGUCGUCUCCCUGAGGCGCGUGCCCUCAAACACCAACUUCCAGAAGACGGCCGCACCGGCCAGCCCGAAGAUGGAGGUCGUCGAGGUGGACAUGGAGGAGGAUGACGACGAGGAGGACUACGCCGAGCUCACACUGACGAGGUCACCAUCACACUCCCUGACAUCGUCGCCACCACCAGAGCUGGAGCAGGACUUCGACGAGUCCUCAGAGGACGAGUCGAUGCCUCCCUCACCACCAUCGACGAUGCUGCCGACCUUCGAGCAGAAGCAGAAGGGAUCACCAAUCGUUGCAUCCGACUUCUACGACGACGGGUACUACCUGCCUGCAAGGAACCCCGCGAGGCUUGUGUCUGCGAUAUCAGUCUACUAG